AUGGUUAUCUAUCUAAAUAUGCCUAUCUAUUUAUAUCAAUAUACUAAUUCUUCUCUCUCUCUCUCUCUGUCUCUCUCUCUCUCUUUCUCUAUCUAUCUAUCUAUCUAUCUACCAGAUUAUACUAAUUAUUCCUCUAUCUCAAAUGCUAUCUAUCUAUCUGAAUAUAUCUCUCUAAAAUGCUAUCUCAAUAUGCUAAUUAUACAUGUAUCUAUCUAUCUAUCUAUCUAUCUAUCUAUCUAUCUAUCUAUCUAUAUGCCAAUUAUCUAUCUAAAUAUUCCUAUUUUGUUUUAUUUAUUUAAAUUCUUUUGCGAUCUCUGCUUGCCUUCAGUGACAUUCAAACUUUUUGUCAGCUCCCUUUUCUCUCUCUCUCUCUCUCUCUCUCCCUCUCUCUCUCUCUCUUUCUCUCUCUCUCUCUAUUACUCUCUCUCCCUUUCUUACUCUCUCUCUCUCUCUAUUUCUUACUCUCUCUCUCUUUAUCUCUCCUUUCUCUUCACUCUUCUCUUUUUUAUGUCUCUCUUACUCUCUCUCUUACUCUCUCUUUCUUACUCUCUCUCUCUUUAUCUCUCCUUUCUCGUCUCUCUUCUCUCUUUUUCUCUAUGUCUCUCUUACUCCCUCUCUCUCUCUCUAUAUAUAUAUAUCCUCUCUCUCUCUCCUCUCUUUUCUUUUCUCUUUUCAUGUGUCUCUCUCACACUCUCUCUCACUUUCUCUAUCUCUUUAUCUCACUCUCUGCCUGCUCUCCCUUUCCCUGUCUCACUUUCUCUCUCUUUAUCUCUCUCUCUCUCUACUCUCUCUUCUCUCUCUUUUUCUGUGUCUUUUUCUCACUUACUCUCUCUUUAUAUCUCUCUUCUCUCGCCUCUCUCUUUUUCUGUCUGUCUCUCACUCUCUCUGUCUCACUUACUCUCUCUCUCUCACUUAGUCUCUCUCUCUCUCUUUAUCUCUCUUCUCCCUGUCUCUUUUUCUAUGUCUCUCUCACAUACUUACUCUCUCUCUCUCUCUCUCUCUCUCUCUCUUUACUCUAUUUUAUUCCCGUACCCCACUCACUCCUCUCUGUCUUUCUGUCUCUUUUUUAUCCCUUUCUUUUUCACGCCUGGUCGUUAUGCCUUUAAUAAUUCUUUCUCUUUAUAA